AUGACAUCUACUCAAAAUAUCGAUCAAGUAUCCAUGCCAACUUGGCAAGAUAUUGAAAAAACUAUAAAAGAAAUCGUUACAAUGGCUAUAUUUUAUAAUAAACCAAAAAACGGAAAAUUUAUUCAAAGCUAUAAAAAACAAUAUGCUACUUUAAAAAGUACUGAAGAACCUGAAGAAUAUAUUGUAGCUUGUGCUAUUACAAAAUUUCCAAAUAAAGAAAAAUAUAUAGAAAUGAAAGAGCAAUAUCGCCAAUGGUAUAGAUAUGAAUCACGAUUAUUAAAAGCCAUUGAAAACCUUAAUACUAUGUAUUAUAAACUAGCCAAACCACAUUUUAAAUCAUUAAAAAAUAUUCAAUCUGAAAUAGAUUCACUUCUUAAUAAUAACGAUAUUGAAGAAGAA